AUGCCUGUCACGACAAUCCUCCAGCAUGCAAUACAGAGGGAACUACCUGUGAAAGCUGAAGCUGCCUCGAAUGCUCAUAACGGUAAGAACGAAGGUAGCCUUAUCUCUGGUCAUAUUCCAGUAGAGGCCAACUUGAACACUGUUGAGAGCUCCUCCCCUCAAAAAUAUCGGGCUUCUAAAGUAAAAAGGGCUGCGCCGGCAAUUUCUUCCGGUUCAUCUCGCCACCCGAAGCAGCCAAGGAAUGCGUCUGCGUCUAGGCGUCGAAGGAAAUCUCGGCCAUCUUCGACGCAAAUCGCUUCAGAGUCUGGCCACUAUACUUUCGUUUCUGAGAUAUUCCCUUCUUUAGAACCAAUUUCCCUCGGUGCCUCCUUUUUUAUCCCUUUUGGCAUGGCCAAUGGUACGGCUACAUAUGAACAAUCCCCAAAGGGGACGUGGGAGCCCCAAUUGAACUACUGCCAUACUCCGCCGGCAUCCUCGACAAACUGCACCAACGAAAAGGCUUUCCCCAGUGCAUAUACAGCCGCAGAAGAUAUGCUUAAUCCCUUGAACAGCCAUAGCACUACCGCAAGCCCCUCCACGAAUCAACGCAGCAGUGGGCAGAGGUCUUCUUUUGCCAGUAGUAGCGAGCCAAUAUCACCCUCUAGCUACUUUACAGCGCAAUCAUGCCCUAGGGGCUAUAAAAAUGCUCAAACGUCUAUCGAGGAUAACAAUACUACCGGAGCUGGGAACGAGCCAGUUUCAGAUACAAAUCCCCAGGAAACAUCCUGUCUACAGCACAUUAAUCAACAAGCAGUGGAGAGUUUGCGAGAAGAAGAAGAAGAAGAAGAAGAAGAAGAAGCUGUACAUCACGUGGCAGCUUCAAGGCUGGCAGAAAUUCCGCAGCCAGCAAUAAUCAAGCAGGCAGUGCCGACCAUAGAGCAGGUGCCACCUGCACAAGCAAAAGUAGCCGCACAGGAAAAAGUGAAUUCAAAACAAAUCACCUCGCCUCAACCAAGACGAACUUUACGCUCCUCAUCAGCUCCAUACCCCGGAAUGAGCCCGCAGUCAGCAUCUCCAGAGAGCGAGGAAUCAACGACGUCAAAGGGCGGCCUCCCAGUCGGCGGCGAGCUCACGGCCCACAGAGAACUCUUUGCGUUCACGUCGGGCUACAACCAGACAGCCAACAGGAACUGCACAGUCACCAGUGGCGGCUUCAUCUCAAGCAGUUGUUUCGUCUGCAUCAGUUGUUCCAUCCCAAGCAGUUACUUCAUCCCAAGAUGUUCCAUUCCAAGAGGAUGCUCCCCAUGGAACAACAGUUCUGCAACAAGCACGGCAAAGAAGACUAGCUCCACGAGCUACAGAGGCCACUCGACACCUGCUGGCUUCGCAAUCAGUUGCAACUCCAUACUCUGCGAUCAGCUCACAGCAUGUUAG